UAACUCUUUCAAUCAACUACACAUCCGCUUCCAUCGUCACCUCAGUAGUAUGGGAGAAAUGGAACUCAUCAGUAAUAGUUCAACCAAUCGAUAUAGAAAACGAUGAACGAUAUAUCGGGGGGACCAUCAACUCCCCGUCACUUGCUAUCAUCAAUAUAUCUAUAGAAGACGAUUCCACACAUUAUCGAUGCAAGUUAACAAAUAUGGAAGGAGAAAGCAGCCGCAGCUUCUAUAUACGUGUUAAACCAUGGCUUCCUUCAAUAUCAACGGGGCAAUUGCAUUUUAACCCCGAGAGGGGAACGAAUGUAACUCUUUCAAUCAACUACACAUCAGCUUCCAUCGUCACCUCAGUAGUAUGGGAGAAAUGGAACUCAUCAGUAAUAGUUCCUAAACCAAUCAAUCUAGUAAACGAUGAACGAUAUUUCGGGGGGACCAUCGACUCCCCGUCACUUGUUAUUACCAAUAUAUCAUUGGAGGACGAUUCCACGUAUUAUCGAUGCAAGGUUACAAAUAUGGAAGGAGAGAAAGACAGCAACCUUUUCAAUAUACGUGUCAAACGAUGGCUCCCUUCAAUAUCAACUGGACAGUGGUAUUUUAAGCAAGAGAGAGGAACAAAUGUAACUCUUUCACUCAACUACACAUCAGCUUCCAUUGUCACCUCAAUAGUGUGGGAGAAAUGGAACUCAUCAGUAGUAGUUCCUAAACCUAUCGAUAUAGAAAACGAAGAACGAUAUAUCGGGGGGACCAUCGACUCCCCGUCACUUGUUAUCAUCAAUAUAUCUAUAGAGGAUGACUCCACGCAUUAUCGAUGCAAGGUUACAAAUAUGGACGGAGAGAAAAGCAGUGGCAGCUUCUAUAUACGUGUUAAACCAUGGCUUCCUACAAUAUCAACGGGGCAAUUACACUUUAACCAAGAGAGAGGAACGAAUGUAACUCUUUCACUCAACUACACAUCAGCUUCCAUCGUCACCUCAGUAGUAUGGGAGAAAUGGAACUUAUCGAUAAUUGUUCCUAAACCAAUCGAUAUAGAAAACGAUGAACGAUAUAUCGGGGGAACCAUCGACUCCCCGUCGCUUGUUAUAACGAAUAUAUCGUUGGAGGAUGAUUCCACGCUUUAUCGAUGCAAGGUUACAAAUAUGGAAGGAGAGAAAGACAGCAGCCUCUUCUACAUACGUGUUAAACUAUCUCCACCAUCCAUAGCAUUAUCUUCAAAAUAUCAUGUCAAUAUGGGCGCAAAUAUUACGCUGGAGACGCAAGUCCAUUCCUUUAUGACAAUCACAAAUAUAACCUGGGAAAGAAAGAACAUCAGCACAUUCAAUUUCGAAAUCAUCGAUAUAUCGUCCGAUCAUCGAUACUCUGGGGGCGAUAUUAUGUUACCAUCUCUUUCUAUUUCAAAUAUUGCUCCAACAGAUAAGACUUAUUACCGUGUGAGUGUAACAAACGAUGAUGGCACAACAACUAAAGAGGUUUUCAUUGAUGUCCUCUUAAGUUUACCAUCCAUAUCGCUGAAUUCCAGAUACAGUGUUCAGUCUGGUGAAAACCUCACUCUUGAAACAAACAUCACAUCUGUUCUGCCUAUUACUAACGUGACGUGGGAAAGAAGAAACAGCAGCACUUACGCCUAUGAAAUUAUCGAUAUACUGUCCGAUAAUCGUUAUACUGGUGGAGAAAUUCUCUCACCAUCACUAACAAUUAUACACGUGGAUCUGACUGAUGAAACUUAUUAUCGUGUAAGAGCUACGAACGACGAAGGAACAACAACGACAACAGUUUACCUUGAUGUACUACCCCGGCUUCCUUCAAUAACAACUGGGCAAACAAAUUUUUACAUCGAGAAAGGAACAAAUGUAACUUUAUCACUCAACUACACAUCGGCUCUCAACGUCACCUCAGUCGUAUGGGAGAAAGGUAUCCCACCAAUGUUCUUUUAUGAACCAAUCGAUGUAUUAAACGAUGAAGGAUAUUAUGGGGGAACCAUCGAUUCUCCGUCACUUUUUAUUACCACUAUAUCGUUGGAGUAUGUUUACGCCUUCUAUCGAUGUAAGAUUUCAAAUUUGGAAGGAGAGAGCUACAGCAGCCACUUUCAUAUACGGGUUACGAAAUCUCCACCUUCGAUAUUACUAUCCUCGAGGUUUUAUGUUUAUACGGGAGCAAAUGUUACUCUAGAGACAGAAGUCAAUUCAUCUCUUGCAAUCACAAAUAUAACCUGGGAAAGGAGGAAUAUCAGCACACAUAUGUACGAAAUUAUCGAUAUAUCGUCCGAUCAUCGAUACUCUGGGGGCGAUAUUAUGUUACCCUCGCUUUCUAUAUCAGAUAUUGCUCCAACAGAUGAGACUUAUUACCGUGUUAGUGUAACAAACAAUGAUGGCACAACGACUAAAGAGGUUUACAUUGAUGUCGUGUUAAGUUCACCAUCCAUAUCGCUCAAUUCCAGAUACAGUGUUCUGUCCGGUGAAAACCUCACUCUUGAAACAAACAUCACAUCUGUUCUGCCUAUUACUAACGUGACGUGGGAAAGAAGAAACAGCAGCACUUACGUCUAUGAAAUUAUCGAUAUACUGUCCGAUAAUCGUUAUACUGGUGGAGAAAUUCUCUCACCAUCACUAACAAUUAUACACGUGGAUCUGACUGAUGAAACUUAUUAUCGUGUAAGAGCUACGAACGACGAAGGAACAACAACGACAACAGUUUACCUUGAUGUACUACCCCGGCUUCCUUCAAUAACAACUGGGCAAACAAAUUUUUACAUCGAGAAAGGAACAAAUGUAACUCUAUCACUCAACUACACAUCGGCUCUCAACGUCACCUCAGUCGUAUGGGAGAAAGGUAUCCCACCAAUGUUCUUUUAUGAACCAAUCGAUGUAUUGAACGAUGAAGGAUAUUAUGGGGGAACCAUCGAAUCUCCGUCACUUUUUAUUACCAGUAUAUCGUUGGAGUAUGUUUACGCCUUCUAUCGAUGUAAGAUUUCAAAUUUGGAAGGAGAGAGCUACAGCAGCCACUUUCAUAUACGGGUUACAAAAUCUCCACCUUCGAUAUUACUAUCCUCGAGGUAUUAUGUUUAUACGGGAGCAAAUGUUACUCUAGAGACAGAAGUCAAUUCAUCUCUUGCAAUCACAAAUAUAACCUGGGAGAGGAGGAAUAUCAGCACACAUAUGUACGAAAUUAUCGAUAUAUCGUCCGAUCAUCGAUACUCUGGGGGCGAUAUUAUGUUACCCUCGCUUUCUAUAUCAGAUAUUGCUCCAACAGAUGAGACUUAUUACCGUGUUAGUGUAACAAACAAUGGUGGCACAACGACUAAAGAGGUUUACAUUGAUGUCGUGUUAAGUUCACCAUCCAUAUCGCUCAAUUCCAGAUACAGUGUUCUGUCCGGUGAAAACCUCACUCUUGAAACAAACAUUACAUCUGUUCUGCCUAUUACUAACGUGACGUGGGAAAGAAGAAACAGCAGCACUUACGUCUAUGAAAUUAUCGAUAUACUGUCCGAUAAUCGUUAUACUGGUGGAGAAAUUCUCUCACCAUCACUAACAAUUAUACACGUGGAUCUGACUGAUGAAACUUAUUAUCGUGUAAGAGCUACGAACGACGAAGGAACAACAACGACAACAGUUUACCUUGAUGUACUACCCC